AUGGGCAUCAUCGACACGCUCUUCCGGACCAAGCCGAUCGAGGUCAUCCACGCCGAAGAGCGCAAGGAGGAGCUGCCUCGUGAGCUCGGCCUCAUCGAUCUCAUCCUAAUCGGUAUCGGUGGUACCGUGGGCUCUGGUGUCUUUGCGACGACGGGCGACAUUAUCAGCCAGACCGCCGGCGCCGCAGCCUUUAUCUCGUGGAUGAUUGCCGGCUUUUCGUGCAUCCUCAGCUGCUUUGCGUACAUGGAGAUGAGUUCGAUCAUCCCGUCGUCCGGCUCGACGUACGCCUACUCGUACCACAUUCUCGGCGAGCUCCCGGCCGUCAUUGCGGCGUGGCUGUUGACGCUCGAGUACGGCAUGUCGGGCGCCGGCGUUGCUCGCUCGUGGGCCACCAAGGUCCAGGACUGGGCCAAGGAAGACCUCCCGAUCAACUCGACCAAGGUCGACUGGCUCAAUGACGAGAACUACAGCUUCCUCGCGUGCCUCGUCAUGAUCCUCUCGGUCGCGAUUCUCCUCGGCGGCAUCAAGUUUGGCAAGAUCUUUAUCAACACGAUCACGACGACCAAGAUCGCGGUCGUGCUCUUCGUCAUCGUGGCCGGUUUCUCGUUCAUCAACACGGACAACCUCUCGCCGUUCGUGCCCGAACUGAUCCCCGCGACCGAGAAAGACCCGGCCCAGUUUGGCGUCCAGGGCGUCAUGCUCGGCGCGUCGCAGGCCUUCUUUGGCUACGUUGGUUUUGACGAAGUCUGCUGCAUGGCUGCCGAGGCCAAGAACCCGCGCAAGACGGUCCCGCGCGCGGUCAUUGGCGUCAUCCUCGGCACGAUGGUGCUCAGCUCCUUUGCGUCGCUCGCGCUCGCGGGCAUGAUGCCGUACGACGCCAACCCGUCAAACGGCUUUUACUUCUCCGCGGGCUUUCAGUACCAAGGCUACAACUGGGCAGGUACGAUCGUGCACAUUGGCGAGGUCUGCACGAUGCCGAUCGUGGUCCUUGUCGGGUUCCUCGCGCAGCCGCGUGUCUUGUACGCGAUGGCUGUCGACGGUCUCUGCCCGCCCAUCUUUGGCAAAGUCGACAAGAAAGGCAACCUAUUCUGGAACACGCUGAUCACGGGCAUCUUCUUCACCAUCAUUGCGCUGCUCGUGCCGUUCGACUAUCUCUGGAACUUGGUCUCGCUCGGUAUUCUGGUCGGCUUCAACAUGACCAACUCGGCGCUCAUUUUGGUCCGGACCCGCGAGGCCGCGCCGAAGAUUGCGUACAAGCUGACCGGCGCACUCGUGGCCGUCUCGCUCGCCUCGAUGUUUCUCUUCCAAAAAGGUUAUGUGGUUGCGACCGAGCCUGCGAACGGAUACCUCGUCGCGUCCUUGGUGCUCCUCGCUGCGGUCGUCGCCAUCACGUUUGCGAUUUACUACCUCUGCCCCCAAAACGUCGGGUCGCCCGACAUGUACCGGUCGCCGCUCGUGCCGUUCGUGCCGGCGCUCGCGAUCACGUGCAACUGGUACCUCAUUGCGCAGAUGGGAGCGCGGGACAUUGGUCUGUGCUGCGGCUGGGUCGGCCUCGCGGUCCUCUCGUACUUUGUCUAUGGCCACCGGUACAGCGAAGGCCAAAACGGCUGGGCCGCGAUGCUCCACCAUGAGUACACGGGGCUCAACUCGGUGCGCCCGUCGCUCACAAGCCAGAUUGUCGGCGAGAAGAAGGACUCGAUCCUCGGCUUCAAGCUCCAAGUGGCUACCCCGUCCAAGUAAAAUUUGAUGUCUAGUGUUUCUUAGUUUAAAAAUGGCCAACAUGCACCCCACGUUGCGUUCUA